CUUGUUCACCAGGGCCCCUGAUGGUGGGGAUGGACUUGGAGCGCACCAAGACCAGGUCGCGACUACUGGGUACACCCACCAGUGGCAGAGGCGUCCGCCAGAGGCUCCAGCAGGGUAAGAGCCUGAUAUGAGGAGGUCGGGAGAUCCGGACAGGAUGGAUGGAUGGAUGGAUGAGCAAAUGCAGGGUCAAACAAGCCGAGUCGGGAGCCGUGGGGUCGGUGCGGUACAAGCAGCAGGCAGAGAGAAUAGUCGGGUCACACGCCAGGUCAGCAACAGUCAGGCAAGCCAAGGGUCAGAGCAGGAGAGUACAGCACAGUCAGGGACAAUCCGGGUCAGAAACAUUCAGAAUUCAGGUAUACACAGGAUCAGGAAC